UGGAUGGAUGGACCGACCGAGAUAGACCUUGCAUAAACCAGUCUGUCGACUAGUCACUAUUCACUCAAUUUGUCCGUGUCAACAAUCCAAUCCCAGAGAAGACCGACAAUCGAGGCCAACCCACGGGUCCCUAGCUAAUAUGCCGUGUACGUAGAGCCAGGAGGCGAGCCUAGAAUCCACGGGCUCGAAAUGCCCACUCAAGUCAUCUUCCUGGUGGAUUUGGACCAUCUGGUCCCAUUGUUGAGUUCCUCCGUCUCAUCAGAUUUGUCGUUGGAGUCGUCGUCGAGCUGCUCGCUGGAUUUGACGUCCUUGUUUGAGCGGGUGCACCGCCUGAUCUUGAGGAUCCUGUGCUCGUUUGUCUCGUUCCAGGAUGCUCAUCUGGAUCGGGUGGAGAGUCCGCAAUUUGACGUCAAGACCUUCAGCAGUACGGGCUUCUUCCCGCCGUUACGGAGUGGGCGAUGGGGAUUCCGCGAUUUCCGCGAGGAACACCUCGAAACCUUGAUGAACGAGCUUAGUAGCCACUUUGAACAGAUCACCGAGACUUGGUUUUGGCCCCAUUCACCUCAACCGGCUCAGUAUCGCAGGCAUUUAAUCAAUGAGAAACGCAAAUGCAACGCCCAUCAAUGGUUUCAAGCUUUGGAGGAGAUUGCGCUGUUAUACGAGUGGGACCGUCCGGAUUUGGAAUCCCCGGUGAAAAAAUUCAAUGAAUCACAGACGGGACCCAAACCAGCGGCUAAUCUCGUCUACGUGCUGUCCAAAUUGCCGCAUGAUGCUAGUGAAAUGGGACAAUUUUUUGGCUCACAGCGCGACCAGUGGAGCUCACGAGAUGUGUUUCAACAGUUAUUCGCUCGCAAGAGUGCCAAGACCCUGACCAAUGUGUUCAAGGGCGAUGCGGAUGUGAGAGUCAAUAUUGUGGACACGGGAUGCUUGUUCGAGUCAGGGGGGAAUCCCCCGCUUUGCUUGGAAGUCUUUCAAAAGGCGCUCAAGACGUUCAAAGGACAAGUGAUUGAUUUCCGACGGAGUUUGAAGUCCGAAUCCAUCCCAUGUGCCCUUAACGCGUGGUUCUUGCCCCAAACUGAACCUUUCAGAAAAAGUAUCGACGCCAUCACUGCUCAAGAGAAUGAGUUUGACACCCAGACCAGUUUGCUCGUAGAAGCGUUGGAUCAAAACUUUCGUAGUGUGACCCUUCCCCUCCCCGAAUCGUCUAGUGCCAACGUGCGAUCCGGUAAAAGAAAAUGGGGCAAAUCUCCCGUGAAAAAGAACAAAGUGAGCCAUCGGUUGGAGAAAACCAAGUCGUCCACGUCAGAAACUCGCUCUGUUAGUAGCCGAGGAGCGAGCUUGAUGCGUCUGGGGUCUCAAACCUUCGAGAAACGACAGAGGAGCAAUAACGAUGCCGAUGGGGACGAUCCAAGUGAGCAACCACCUGCCUCUAAAAGAUCAUCCAUUCUCACCCCAGUGGAAAAAGAAGCCGAUCGUGAGCGAGUCAAACUAGAGGGCCUAUUUAAACCUUACCAAGCCCAAAGUUUAGAGAGUUGUCUGAAGAUUUUGUGGGAGUGUCAAGUUCAAGCCUUGAAACGGGGCGAUUCGGACGGGAUGUUGGUGGCUCUGGCUGAACUGACCGUGUCCUCGCUUAUAAGUUGCAUAAAAAAUAACAACUCUCGAGUUAGUGAGGCGGAUGAGCCGCCUCAAUCCGUUGAAGACGUGACCAGGCUUAAUUUUUUAGUGGGGCCGAUACAAGUCGGGCAGAGAAAAACCAGUCAAACCUCAGAUGGGCGUAUUCGUGACCAUAAGUUACAGGCUCUGUACCGAAUUGAGCUCCACCGUUGGUCGGUGAGCAAUAGAGAUAUUUUGGAGGAGGAAAUCUUGAUUCAUCUUCGUCAGAUCUCGAUAUGGGAAUCGCCCAAGGUCAUGUUUCGAUUUCUCACGGACUGUCUUACACCUACAUACUUAAGAGAUCAGCCCGACCUCUUAUGUCAAAUUUAUGACGAGCUCAACAUAGAGCGACAUGAAUCUCUACCUCAGCUUUUCUCUCCGUCGAAAAGACAUUGCUUGAGCAUUGCUCCAGUCCAAGAACCUGGCCCAUCGUCAGUGUUUCCAUCCAUGGGCGUGAACUCUGAUGUCUCGAUUAAUGGACUGGAUGAAAAACUCAUGAAGAUAACAUCAAGGAAGCAAUUAGAGAAACUCAACAAGCGCUUUGAAAAUACUCGAAGACAGAUCAAUCUCGAAAGCAAACGGUCAUCUUUACCUCGGACAAACAUUGCAAAAGGUGCAUCUAGAGAAAUUGGGAAACUGUCCCGAAUCCAACCUACUCGUGCCGUAUCCUUUCCCUCGUCAGAGAAGGAAGUGACUUCCCAAAAGCUCCGGGCAAAACGGAAUCUGUGUUUCGAGAGCGACUCGCCUCCUGUGCCAUCGACUUCAAAAUCAGUUACAGCCUCUCUUAGCUUGGUAGGGAAGAAAUCUCCGAGGAAGAAGAUCAUUUCCACUCCAAGAAAGAAAGCUACCCUUUCGAUCAACCAUCACAAGAAGCGGUCUCGAUCAGCGACUCUAUCUAAACUCAUGACACCGAGGAAGCGACAUCAAAUUCUAGCCCCCGAAACGCCCAGCAGAAAAGUCAAGAUGAGACGAAAAACGGACGGAGUACUCUCCAUCAAAGAAUCUCCCAACGUGGAUGCCUACAAACAGAGAUCGGCUAUGACACCGAGACGAACUCAGGCUAGUCUAGAUUUGCGUAGCAAGGCUUCCUUCUAUGCGGGCAAAGUGUCUCGGAAUUUGAUGAAGGCGUCUGAGAAGGUGGCUCAAACGAAGUUCGAGGCUAGUGGUAUUGUUUACCGAUCCCACGGGAAGAGUGCCGUGCGAGGUGACCCAAGGACACCUCCCAGCGCUGACCAAAAUCCGAAGGAUCGUCGCUCAUCAUGGGAAACGUUUUUCCCGCAUCUUGUCAAAUUCUCCCGUCCAGAAUCGCAAACCAGUCAUGAUAGUCCUGUAAAACGAUUAACUCCGGCUCAGUCGGCGGCAUUCAACACUCCGAAGAAAAAUCACGAUCAAACACCUCGCAAAUCGGAUUCGUCUCGGAAAGUCUCUUUCAACACGACACCCCAGGCCCCCACCCCCAAAAGUGUGGGGAAGAGCAAUCCGAAGGGCAUUCUGAAGACCCCUCAUAAAGACGAAGCGCGUGUUGGUCCCAGCAAGAUGCUCUUCUUCGAUAUGGGAACGCCUUAUAAAAUGCCAACUGACCCAAACAAGACCCCGUUGAAGACUCGGAAUGAAAUUGAAGUACGGAAAAGUCCACGCCAACUCCUUCGGAUGCACCGUGAAGGCCUACAUUCUCAAAGCGCCUCUUCAUUCCAUACCCCUGAGAAAAGGCCAGAUCGAACGAUCUCACAUACCAUAACAAGCUCAGAAAACAUUGAAAAUGAAAAAGGUAGUCACAAUUCCAUUCCGCCUUUGAGUUUUCAGGACGACCCAGAGCCACAGUCAAUUGUUCCUCCCAAUUUGGAUGGAGUCAAAUCUCAAGUCCUCUUUUAUUCACCCACGAAGCCAACAAAGGCCAGCUUCAAGGAGUAUGAGUCAGGGCCAACACCGUCAAUACCUCAGCUAAGCACUCGGCAGCAAAUGGAAUUUCCGGAAGAUGCAGAGAUUACUACGACGCAACCAACGUUCAAUUUAUCCAGCAUGGGGAACGAGAAACUAAGAAGAGCUCCAAGGAAUCGCGUUGUCCGUCAAUCAUCUAAGAGUUCCUUGACCGGAUCCUCGGAAAGUGAGUCCAAACCGAACAGUGAACUGGAGAUUUGUUCCAUUGAUGAAUCUGGCAUAUUAUCCAAUUGUAAAAGAUAUAAUAUCGAUAACACUGGAGAUAGGGUCAAGGAUACCAGCAGAGAGCGUUCUAUUGAAAUAGUCUCCAAAGAAAACCAGCAAUUGCAAGUCACCAUUCCUCUGGUCCGUUUGUCUAAAGAAGAACUGUUGGAAAAGUAUCACCAGACAAUUGAAGAAGGGGACAACGAGCCGCUUCGAAAGACGGGUAGUGUGACCGUAACGAGUCCUGUCAAAGUCGACUUGGUCAAAGAUAUCACAAGAAAAUCAUCCACGGCGUGCGAUCGAAGACCAACAAGGCGGAGACAUAAAGCUUUGAACUUUGAUUUGGAUUCAACUACGGCGAGUACCACUGAAAACAACGACAAGAUCAUUCCUACAUCGGUAUCCUCAAAUGAGCAGUCCUCAUUAACCUUUUCUGACCGAUACCCCUCGACUUGUAGCUCGAUCGGUGAUGAAGAUAUCCCAGACGAAAUUCCCAAACUUGUGGUGUCACCAAGUUUGUUGAAUGAUUCCGUAACAAAAAGAGUUAGUGCUCCCAACAUAAAUCCUCCAGACCUUCCCAAAAUUAUCGGUCUCCCUAAGCCUUUUAGUGGCAACCUGGUUGAGGGAAUUGAUCGUGCGGGUGUUGGUAAACAGCUUCCCCUUUUAGAUCAAAAGGGGGACUCAGACUCUUCCAGAAGACCAUCUCGACGUCGAAUAUCGGUGAAUCGCUUUGGAAUCGACGAUAUCACCUUGGAGGAGGUAUUUUCAUCUCCAAGUAGGAAGAAACCUUUUUCAAAUGCGACUCCGUCUAAAAAUGCUCCGAAACAGUCCGAGCCAAUCACGCCAGUCGGCAAAAUCGAUCCGUCUGAUCAGGACGUAAUGGUCACACCUUCUCCAAAACGUGCGAAGAAACGCCUUAGGAGUAUGAGCUCGAUGCCAAAGCUAAGGUGUGCCCAUCGCGUCCUAGUUCGUUGGAUCUUCGAUGGAGAAACCGAGCGCAUUCAAGACAUUGUCAGACCAGGCGGACAAAUAACUACAGCCAAUUCAUUUUCUCCAACCCGUGGAGAAUUGUGCGCUACCGCAGAGAGUCCUGGUCCUCCCAAGAGCCCGGGAAAGUUCUGGUCGGUGGCCAACAUCACUCAGUCUCCCCGCGGAGAGAUCAAAAUGAAAAUCCAGAGAACAAAGAAGUUACAAACCAACUUUGUUCAACGUCUUUCCAGAAGCGCCACCAUGGAGCUUGGCUUGUCCCCAGGUAAGUUGAGCAAGAUGAUUUAUCAGAACUCCCCAUCGCCCAAACCAAAAACAUCAACUGCCGAGCCAAUAGUAACACCCGUCAAGCUUCUGGGCAAGGACGAAUAUUCUCCUCACACUUUUGUCACUCCCAGAAGUUUGAAUCAACGGAGCACGAAAUCAUCAGCCGGGUUUUCGCCCCUCUCGUCCAUGGGCUUGUUCGACCUUACGAAAUCUCCUUUGGUCAUGGAUCAAGCCUCUCAUGGAAGUGAAGUGAAUGAUGUAUUGGAGAAAAGACAACUUCCGCGGAGCAGAUCGUCUUCAAGAAGAGUCAAUAAGAAACUUUAUAACGAGCUGAUGUAAGAAUAUUUGAUACUGAUUUUAUCUUGCCAAUAUUCGUGGUGCUCUCUUCAUCAAGACGUUAGUAUAGGUAGAUAAAUAAAAAACAUAUAUAUUUUUACCGUUGA